UCGAUAAUAUAUGCAUCUCUGAUCUCUCUGACUCGUUGUCCAAAAAAAAAAGAUCUCUCUGACUCUUGUGAGAGAAAAUGGGAGCUCUUGAUUCUCUCUCUGAAUACAUCUCCGACUACUUCCACGUCUCCCGAAAAAGAAAGAAGCGUAAAGUCAAGCAGACGGUGAAUAUAAAGGUGAAGAUGGACUGCGACGGCUGCGAACGCAGAGUCAAGAACGCUGUUUCCUCCAUGAAAGGCGUGGAAACGGUGGAGCUGAACAGGAAGAUACACAAAGUGACGGUGAGUGGGUACGUGGAACCGAAGAAGGUGUUGAAGAGAGUCGAAAGGACAGGGAAAAAGGCGGAGAUAUGGCCGUACGUUCCUUACAACGUGGUGGCAUAUCCAUAUGCAGUCGGAGCUUACGACAAGAAAGCUCCGGCCGGUUAUGUGAGGAGGUCUGACCAGUCACAGCCACUACCCGGAGCUCCAGACGACGUGAUCAUGUCGCUUUUUAGCGACGAGAACCCCAACGCUUGCACCGUUAUGUAAUAAAUAAAGUAUCAUUGUAAUAUUAAUAUCCACCGCACAUACUUAACGUUUUACUUUUUUUAUUUGUGGUAUAAUAAUAUGCAUAGAGGAAGAAGCAAGUAGUAUUUUCAUUUUUGUUAUCAAUCGUGUUGUAUCAUUAGCUAGGGCUUUGGUUUGCCUUAAUUUGUGUCAUCGUUAGGUUGUUUUACCAGUUACGCUAUUUACUAAACAAAAAUAAAAUAAGUAAUAAGCAAGUAAUGUUAAAAAUGA